CCCCCACUCGUCAGUCUGAAUUGUGUGUAGGUAAUAAGGAAAACCAUGAAGAUUAGCUGCAAGGUGACAUUUGCAGCAGCGUCAUGGUGGCUUGUGAUGACUUCCUGGAGCUGCGCUGUUGUGAAAGCGACUGGCGACCAGGAAGAGUCACCGGAAGAACAAGAAGCCCAAUCCCAACAGCAGGUUGCUAUUCUUAAGCAGAUCAACCGCGUGAACGACGAUGGGUCAUACACUUUUGGGUACGAGGCCGCGGAUGGAAGCUUCAAAAUCGAAACACGUGACGUGCAGGGGAACGUAAAGGGGAUGUUUGGGUUUGUAGACGAAUCUGGGGAGCUCAAGAGGGUGUCCUACUCUGCUAGCAACAACACCGGGUUCCAAUCCAAAGGGAGCCUUUCCACCGUCACCGAAACCGAAAGGAAUCAAGAGUUGUCAACUCGGAGCGCACCGUUACUGUACCAACAGGUCGUAGGACCGCAGGUAACGACACGACGUACACCGUUGGUACACGACUCCCUCACAACCACUCGCAGACCGAUCCUUCUGUAUGCGCAGAAUUUAACCCCAGCGGGCGUGUCAGAGUCUCCAGAACCAUCGACAAGGUCCUCGGUUAUCCAGGUAAUCGCAAAGUCCCGUCGACCUACAGAGGUCCCUAGCUCAACAGAGAAGCCCCUGGGGUCGGCCACAACCAGGAGACCUUUGCAACUUUAUGGCCAGUACAUUCGACAACAACCAGGAACACCCGGGGGAGAGCCAGUGAAGCAGAUAUUCGUAACGCCAGCAGCAGUCAACGAAGCAGCGGAACGUGUCGAAACUACCUCCCCGCGGCCGACUGGAGUGGUUUACGGCCACUAUAUACGUCCCACCCAGCCAGUUGACAGCGCAACGCCAUCCGGACAGCUGCUGAGGAGAAUUGUGCUCGCUCGCAAACCUCCUGACGUAACAGAGUCACCUACUGCUACUCUUCAUUCAAAGCAACCACAGGAGAGUAAAGACAGCACAGAAGAAGGUCGACACGCGAAGGGAAACACUUUAAGAAGGCAGCUUGCACAAGACAGAGGGCUGAACUACAAUCCUGGAGUGCAGUUGCCACCGCAGUUCUUGCGGGCGCGCCAGUCCGGGUCUGAUGACACAGGAGACGUGUACGGUGGUUCAAUGGGGGGCAGUCCCCGACCCAUCUCUGCCAUCCCAUUCAAGCCCGGCUUCACCCCAGCGCAAUCUCGCGGUGUUCUGCAAAGUCAGUUCAUUCAAGACAUAGCAGGCACGAGGCAGAGACCAGGGUAUCCUCAGGAUGAUAUUCCACCCGGCGCUAUACCAUCAAAUACAGGUGGAGCUGUCAGAAUACCCCUCGGUGUAAUCCGUGAAGGUGUCCUGGACCCAAGAAUACCUCCUGCCGCUUUCGAGUAUUCGGGACCAGGUUAUCAGUACACCCCACCUGGACCUGAUCCCGAUCUUCAUGAUCAGCUUCUUCAGUAUCUGCUCGGACGUCAGCAGCCGCGCCAUCCGACUUACGUAAACGAUUAUCAGUACCGUCAAGAGAGCUCAGUUCCACCUCUCACGCCUUUCCAGAUAGCCUUGAUGAUGACACUGGGGAACAAUAUUCCUCCAGAACUCCUUGACGAUCCUUAUCAAGUUAACAGACAACAGCAAGCUUAUGGCCCCCAGCAACCACAAUAUAACCGUCAGAACAUUCCCUACCCUAUUUCUUACCCUCAACAAGUACCGUACGUAAAUCCGUAUCCCCCACAGCAAGGGCCCUAUGGUCAACAGACCCCUUACAAUCAAGCCUUGCCUUAUGAUCCUCAGCUGUAUCAGCGACCUUACCAAAGCCCAAAUCCUUAUCCAAGUCAGAUACCUUACCAUCUACGAAGACGACUGCUUUAUCGACCCCAGCAAGUGUACACUCAGCAGUUGCCUUUCGCUAAUGACCAGUCCGUUCCUCCUGAUUAUUACCAGCAGCCGCUUCCGUAUCCCGGUCGUAAUCAGCAGGUAGGAUAUCCUCAGGAUUUCCUACCAGACGAGUACAGAGACGCAUUGAUCCUGCGCAUGUUGCUAGCUGUUCGCGCAGCCCAGCAAGGCAGGAUACAGCACAGACCCGUGGAGCAGAACCCGAACAUACAGGAAAGGUCACAGCCUUACAGCACAACCACAACUACCACUGUCAGGCCUCGAUCGCAUGUCCCCGUGCGAAACGUCCAGAUCCUUGACCCCGUCACUGAGGAGACGACAGCCAAGAGGUCAACAGAUGGCCCCUCUCGGUCGUAAUCCCAGGAAGUAUGGAUUUCUUUUGAACAGACUUUUAAAAGAAAAUUAGGAAAAUACUAUUCGCUCAGAAUAGAAUUAAGAAUUUCGAGGUGGGGUCUGAGUUUUUUCCGUUUAAACAUUUUUAUACAUGUUAUGUGGCAUAUGAAGUUAAUACCUAUUGCUUGUUUUAGACUAUAUAAUUAUUAUCAUUAUUUAUCCACAUUGUUUGCUUUUAACUUGUUGAGCCCAGUGUUUGUUUUGUAAAUACAUUGUAUUUUACUAGUUAGUUAAUACAUUUGGUUUUCGGAUUUAUUGUAUUGUAUUGCAGUGAAAUUAUAAAUGAGUAGGUCUGCAAUUAUUUGUUGUAAUAUUUAAAAAUAAUUUGAAAUAUGGCGGAUCAGUGCGAGUAGUAAUAUCAAGGUCAUUGAAAAAAGUGAUGAUAUACUCUGAAGUUAACGCGGUAGACACAUUUUGGAACGGUAAAAAUAAAAAUAAAUAAAUUAUAUUAGUUUUGUAAGAGCAGCCAUCACAGAAGUAGCAUUUGAAUGUAAUUUUGUUUCACACUCUGUGGUUCUCGAAUAAAAAAAGUGCGGAGGAACGCAUUUGUGCACGUAUAAAUUUGCAUUUUUAUGUUUAAAUAACAUUUUUAAUUUGGAUGUUGAUACACAGAUUAUUUGCAUAAUAAGGCUUGUAUUAAACACAUUUAGGCACAUUUUAUUCAGGGUUUAAACAGAAACACAAAUCUCAAAACUUUUACAUACAAACAUUUUGUUUUUAAUUAGAAGAUGGCAGCACUAACUGAUAAUGAAUCUGAGAUUUGAGGUUGUCACAGCAGUGAAGAUAUCGGUUGUGGAAUCGUGGGUUAUGACAUCACUUCCAUCUUCAGGUCAUCUCAACCCCAAAGAAGAAGAUGAUGUGUUCAACGAAAACGUUGGUAACCACCUACACGAUAUCCCAACCCAGAAUCUCAAAAUCAACACGAUCGUAGUUGAUUUUGUUCACAAAAAUUGAGUUUGUUUAAAUUGUAGAUCAUUUAUUAAGUUCUUUUAACUAAUCGUGAUCAACAUGUGACCAGUAUUUUUAUGUUUUGUAUUUAAUUGAAAACAUACACCUACAAUGCAUACUGUGAUAGUUAAAAUAAAUGGUGUAGAAAGUAAA